GAGUGAGUGUUUCUGUGUGUGUGUUCUUCUUCUUCUUGCAACCCUUUCUUUUUUUUUUCUUCUUCUUCAAACAAAUCGCUCUUUUUUUUUGUUUGUAUUAACAUUCUCUCUCUAAAACACUUCGCACAAUUUCGUUCUCUUUCUCUCUCUAGAAAUUUCGUCAUUGCAAGACAAAUUUCGGAUCCGAUAAAUAAUUAAGUUUUUGAAAAAUUUCUCAACCUCUGAAAUUUCAUAACUCCGUAAUUUCGAAAUUUUAAUUUGAGCUGUUAAAUUAAAUCUGUUGCGGUGUUUUUAGGUUAUUGAAGCUUGAUGAAUUUAAUUCGAGCUGAUUAUGAAGUUUUGAAUUUAUUUUGAAAAUUUUGAAAUCGGUUUUUGAAUUUUGAAAUUUUUUGAAAUUUUGCGUUUCGAUUUUGGUUUAAUGGCGGAAGGUGAAGGUGGAGAUUGUGGUAUGAAGAAUGUACCGUCUCCGGCGGCGUUGGAAUUUGUUGUUUCUGCUUCGCCGACGGCGGCUACGACGGCGUGGUUGGAUGCUCCAGCGAAGAAGCUUGCGAGGCAGCUUGAUUUUAAUGCUAUGAUGGAACAGUCGAAGCCGCAGCUUCAGACGCCGAGUUUGAUGUUGCAGAAACAGGUGUCUGGUUCGCCUUUGCCACAUCAGACACUUCAUGGUUCUGUCAGGGUUGGGAAACCAGAAUCUCCCAAACCAAGAUCAAGACCUAACUUUGACAUGAAAGAAGGUACACCAAAGAAGCAAAAGCAGUGCAAUUGUAAACACUCUAAAUGCUUAAAAUUAUACUGUGAAUGUUUUGCGUCGGGAAUAUAUUGUGAUGGUUGCAACUGUGUAAAUUGUUUCAACAAUGUUGAUAAUGAAGCUGCUAGGCGAGAGGCUGUUGAAGCUACUUUAGAGCGCAAUCCAAAUGCAUUUAGGCCCAAAAUUGCGAGCAGCCCUCAAGGAACACGUGCUAGCAGUGAGGAGGCUGGGGAAGGUGUAAUAUUAGUAAAACAUAACAAGGGUUGCCAUUGUAAAAAAUCUGGCUGCCUUAAGAAGUACUGUGAAUGCUUCCAAGCCAACAUUCUCUGUUCUGAGAAUUGUAAAUGCAUGGACUGCAAGAACUUUGAGGGAAGUGAAGAGAGACAGGCUUUGUUUCAUGUAGAUCAAAAUCAAAAUCAAAAUCAAAAUAACCACACGUAUAUUCAGCAAGCGGCAAAUGCUGCCAUAACUGGAGCUAUUGGUUCGUACGGCUUUUCAUCACCACCAGUAUCAAAGAAAAGAAAAGGUCAGGAACUCUUCUUGUGGCCUACAGCUAAGGACCCAUCAAUAAGCAAGUCGGGCCAACAGGUAAACCAUGUCAAAGCCCCAGCACCCUCUUCAGCAUUGUCACCUGCCUCAAGUGCUCGUGUUGGCAAUGCAACAUUAGGUCAUAGUCCAUCAAAAUUAAAGUACAGGUCUCUUCUAGCAGACGUUAUACAACCACACCACCUCAAGGAGCUUUGUUCCGUUCUAGUGCUAGUAUCUGGACAAGCUGCAAAAACACGUGCAGACCAGAAAAAUUUAAUGGAAAAGCAUACAGAAGAUCAGACGGAAACUUCCCUUGCUUCUUCAACUGAAGGACAAUUACCAACUCAAAAGGAAGUUGAUGUUGAGAAGGCUAUGGCUGAUGAUUGCUCAAGUGCAAAUCAAAUAGAUAAAAUCAGCCCAGGUAAUUCCUGUUCAGAUGGUGCUGAUGUCCCGAAAGGGAGGCCAAUGUCUCCUGGGACUUUAGCCCUGAUGUGCGAUGAGCAAGAUACAAUGUUCAUGACAGCUGCCUCUCCCAUUGGGCCAACGACUCGUGUUUGCAAUACAUCUUCGCAAUUUCCUUGUGGACAAGGAGUGACAGAGGUCUAUGCUGAGCAAGAAAGAGCUGUAUUAACGCAGUUUAGAGAUUUCCUCAAUAGGGUUAUCACUAUGGGAGAAAUAAAUGAGACAAAGUGUUCUUCUUUGGCUAGAAGUGAAUUAGAGAAUCAAAAGGACCCAAUCAACAAUGAAAUUGGAAAUGCCAGUACUGAUAUAGUACAUCAGCAAGAAGCCACUAACAAUGGUGAUACCAAAAAUAUAGAUCCAUCUAUGCCCACAACUUCAACACCUGUGAUACCUAAUGAUAUUGUAGCUGAAAAUGGAGAAAAAAUUAAUCUGAAGAUGGAAAAAGAGAUAUUAAAGGAUUCUUACUUAGAAGAAUAUGAAGAGAGACAUAAAUGAGAUUAUAGGGUUGAUAGAACUUCUCUGUAAUGUAAUUAAAGAGAUUUGUCAUUAGUCAUUUUCUACCUCCAUCCUCUGUAAAGGUCUGGUAAGUAUCCAGACCCCACCAUUUUAGUACAUGGAGGAUCAAUUUUUUUCUUUCAUCAAUUUUCUUAUUCUACUUUAGCCAUUCAUAAAUAUUAUAAAUUAAUUUUGUCAGCUACAAUAUGCUGAGUUUUUUUUUUUUUUUUUUGGCUUGUAGAUUGUUGAGUUGUAAUUUCAUAAAUCAUAUCGUUUAGAUAA